GUGCAUUUUGUAUAUUUUGGAAAUAACUCUGCUGAAGAUACUAAAGAAAAGGCAGCUCCCUACUGACAACUCAGAAGGAAAUAAUUUUCCACCUACUUAGAAUUAGAAGACCAGCUCAUUCUUAGAGUCUUCUGAAACAAAAUUAGAAUGGAUUGGGGAGAUGAAUAUUCUCAUAAUUCAUUUGACCUACAUUGUUUGUUAAAUUCAUUUCCUGGAGACUUGGAGUUUAAACAGAUCUUCAGUGACAUUGAUGAAAAGAUAGAACAAAAUGCUGCAAGCAUAGAACAUUGCAUUAAAGAAAUACAGUCCGAAGUUAACAAACAAUGCCCAGAUGUGCAGCUGCAAACAACAAGUGACUGUUUUGAGUGGCUAAAUGACUAUAAUUAUAAUUCGUUCAAGUCACCUUCCAUUUCCCAUGGAGAUUUGAUAAAAUUCCUCAAAACAUUGCAAGAUUUGUUGAAGAAUGAACAAAAUCAAGAAGAAAUGAUACUGGAUUUACUUUGGGACCUCUCCUGCCAGAGCAGCGUUUCAUUCCCAUCUACUCUAAGUGGAACAUCUUUCCAUUUCCUCUCUAGGACUUCUCUUCAUUCUGUUGAAGAUCAUUCCUCUAUGGAUGUAAAGUAUAUAUGGGAUGAUAUAAGACUACAUCUUCGACGCUUCUUAGUGAGCAAAUUACAAAGCCAUAAUGAAAUAAACAAUUCACAGCAAAAAGUUUUGUUGAAAAAUCAGUGCAUACAACAACUCUUGUUUCUUUAUCCAGAAUUGGAAGUUAUAAUCAAGUACCAAAACAUACAGAAUAAACUGUUGGCUAAACUUCUACAGAACUGCUUUCCUUCUUACGGCAGAGGAUCAAAUUUAGACAUAAUGCUUCGUGGAUACCAAAGUACAAUGCUUAAGUUAUACUCAAUGAUAAAAGAGGAUUUUGACACACUGUGUGAAAUUUUAGCUCCAUCCUCAACAGUGAAAUUCAUUAAAGAAACUUACCUGGAUACUAUUACAGAAGAAAUGGCAAAAUUUCUUGCAAAUUUUUGUGAGCUGCAGUUCAAAGAAAGUGCUGUCCGUGUGAUUAAAGCAAGCAAGAGCUCCAGCAGGCAUAGAGGAGCAGUGCAUGCUUUGGGUUAGUGAUUUUUAAAAUUUCUGCUUGGUUUAUCUUAAGCCUUUUGAUAUCUUUAAUUUUCUAAGAUUUUUCUGUUUGGUUAAACCUAAUUGCAAAGUUGAAAAUAAAUCAGAAAAUAGAUGUUAUGAUAUUUUGCAGUACACAUUUCUCUUAUGCAUUCCUUUUUCUGUAAGUAUAGUACUAGAAGCGUUUUCUUUCCUGUUAUUUAAUUUAUUAAAGAUAUUGUAAGUGUAAGUCAAAACUAUUGCCAAUAAGAGUUUUGGUUUUUUUGAUUGCAUAAAUUAUUGGAUGAAACUGUAUAUAGAUAUAUGUGUGUGUGUAUAUAUAUAUAUACACAUUUA